AUGUCAGCUCAUCAAGCUACUGCUGCUUUUGCAGCCGUUGCAAAACGUAUUCUUGCUGCCCCUAAAAAGCCCCUGACCCAGGAACAAAAAUCAAUUUUAGACAAAAUCAUUCGUGUAGACCAAGCAGGAGAACUGGGAGCAAACUACAUCUAUGCUGGCCAACACUUUGUUUUUAAACGCAAAUCCCCGGCCCUUGAACCCGUCAUCAAACACAUGUGGGACCAAGAAAUUCUUCAUCAUAAUACUUUCAAUGACAUUCAAGUUAAAAACCGUGUUCGACCUAGUCUUUUCACCCCACUCUGGCGUGCUGCUGCCUUUGGUGUCGGUCUCUCUACUGCCCUUAUUUCAACUCAAGCCGCAAUGGCUUGUACAGAAGCAGUCGAAACUGUAAUUGGUGGCCAUUACAAUUCACAACUUCGCUGGUUACUCACAAACUUCCCAGAGGAAAUUGAACAAGCUUCCGAAUUAGGGUUUUUCAAACACCUCAUCAAACAGUUUCGUGAUGAUGAAUUGGAGCAUCUUGACACAGCCAUCCAACAUGAUGCCCAUAAGGCUGUACCUUACAUCUUUCUUACAGAAACAAUCAAGGCUGGAUGUCGAGCUGCCAUUUGGACCGCUGAACGUUUCUAA